AUGGCCAUGACGGACGAGACAGACGACAGUGGGGGUGUCAUCCUGGAUGGCCCGUUUGACCCUGACGCCCAGGCGACCGUGACAGAUUUCAUAGACUAUACCGAAUAUCUUCCCGCCGACCUCAUCCGCUCGUUGACCCUCAUCCGCGGCCUCGAUGACCGAUACCUCGACUCGGCGCAAGGAGUGCAUCAGCUCACCCAAAUCUAUGGCCAACUCCCUGACCUUCCAUCUGACAACAGACCGGGCGCUAUCGAACUGCGCAAGGAUAUCUCACUUCAAAUGGAUCGCGCAAUCAAUGCGCGCGAGUCUGCGUAUGCCGAGGCCUGUCGCCUGUACGACGUCGUGGAUCGCCACUUCGACCGACUGGGUUGUAUCCGUCAGAAGCUGGAAGCACUUCCAAAACCCGCGUCAUCGGGACCGUCGCCGGCCCCAGAACCCACUCCCAAGCGUGCGCGCACAACCAAGAAGUCAGAAGGAGCAAACCCGACGCGUAUCACCCUUCGGGUCGAUAAUCGCAGACCUAGAGAUAAUAAGAGGAGGAAGCGUGCUUCGGGCCUUGAUGGAGCAGGCUUCAAUCCUGACUCCCCGAUCGCCAGUACUGAGCAAUCAGAUGCGGAGGCCGAGCUCGACACAAUCAUCCCUAAGCCAUCCAGACCGAAGAAAGAAAAGCCACGUCGUCAAAGCUCUGGUAAUGGACAGUCCACGGCUCAAGCUCUAGCGCAGUUGAAACCACCACCUGAGGAUGCGAAGUUGGGUAGCGAAGACUUGCCAUGGCUGCGGUUGACUGAAUGGGAAAUGACACGUUUGCGAAAGAAGAUGAAGAAAAAUGCUGUGUGGCAACCCAGUGAGGUGAUGAUUCACCGCGAGUUAGCCCUUGCAAACCGAGGGUGGGAAGCCUACAGGUUAGCCAAGGCUCUGGCGGAGGAGACAGGCGUGGAGUUCAUUGACUGCGACAACAUUGAGCAGACUCGCCGGGGCGAGGCUGCCAAGGACCUGGAAGAAACGAAAUUGAGCAACCGUGGAAUGAAACUGAACGAAGCAAAGAAACUGAAGCGCGAACAGCUGGCUCGUGAACAGGCGUUGAUGGACGGCGAUGGAGUAUUACCCAAGGCUGUACAAAGCCCUGCACAGCCAACACCCGCCGCCAAUCGGUCCUCCCGGAAGAGAAAAAGAGAAGAGGUUAUGGUUGAAGAGCCAGAAGCCGUCGCUCCCGAGCGUACACCAGUGCCGGUCCCUGCGCCAGCCCCAGUUUCUGCGCCUGCGCCUGCACCUGCAACCUCUUCCCGAUCUGGCGCUCGGCGUAGAUCCAGUCGAGGAGCCGCCCUAGCCACAGAAACCAGUAAUGUCGUCGUACCUCCAAUCAAGACUCGCGUCUCUCCCCCCGCCGAAGCCCAAGUCUCUCCUCCUCUCCCCAGUCCCACUGGCUCCCGCCGCUCCAAUCGAUCACUUAUCCAACCUAUUACCACACCGACUCCUCCCGUGACCCGACCCUCCUCACGGCGCUCAGCAGCCGCCGCAUCAAUUGAGAUAGGGGCUCUCGGCGGAAUCCAUGCCGCUUUAGCAGCCAGUGGACGCGACCAGCGCAUCAAGAGCGCAACACCUACCCACAAACGUGAAUCAUCUCAUGCCCCGAGCGUUCCUGGGCCGGCCCGUCGACGAAAACGCCCUGCGCCAGGUCCUAUUUCCUCCGGCCAGGAUGGUGGAGCGGCAGUGAGCUAUGGACGCCGAAAAGCCAAGCCAGGAAAGAAGCGCAUUAGCAUCCGCGACUCUCAAGAUGUUCGAGUUGAUGAGGAUGGGGUACUUGAACAGAUUGAUGUCAAUGAGCCUCGCUACUGUCUCUGUGGAGACGUUAGUUUCGGGACAAUGAUCUGUUGUGAGAAUCCAGAUUGUGACCGCGAGUGGUUCCACCUGGACUGUGUUGGUCUGACCGAGGUUCCUUCGCGCACAGCCAAGUGGUACUGCCCCCAGUGCCGGGUCAAACUUCACAAGGGAGAAGAUGGUAUUAUCAAGGGGGGAUCACGACUCGGCCGCUCCCAAGACAUUCAACAGAAUAUGCUCAGCAAACAUGCCAUGAGACACACCUAUGAUCAUUUCUACCAUCCAAAGGGCAAAGAUAUAAACAUGGAUCUCAAGGAUCGCCUGACUUGCUAUCCUUGCUCAAAGGAGUAA